AUGGCUUCAGAAGACACCAUUUCGAUCCUCGUGGAGUUCACGGGUGGACUCGAAAUGCUAUUCGCGGACGAACGCAAGCAUAAAUUGUCAGUCCCAGCUAAAGAUAACAAGGGAAACCCCGUUACUGUCGGUUGGCUCGUCGAUUAUCUCUGCGAAAAUGUGAUGAAGGACUCGAGGAAAGAGCUGUUUGUAUUGGACGAUCACGUGUAA